ACAACAAAGUACAGAGCACCUAGGACCCACCAUGCUACGGGUUGGCGCCAACCAUUCGGGCCAGGGCUGCGGAGCGCGCAACACGAGGGCCGCACACCGCACCCGCGUAGCCGUUGUUGUCCUCGCCGACUCGCGGCCAGCAGUGCUCAUUACAGGAGCUUCUACAGGCAUAGGCAAAACUGCUGCGCUUCACCUCGCAAAGAAGAACUGGCAAGUGUUUGCGGGCGUGCGGAAAGAGAUUGAUGGAGCCGCGUUGGUCGCCGAGUCCAACGGAAACAUCGAGCCAGUCAUCCUUGACGUGGUAGACAACACGAGUGUGCAAGCGGCGGUCGCGCUAGUGCAGGACCGGCUAGCACCGAGCGGCAGGAACUUGUCGGGGCUUGUGAACAAUGCAGGCAAGGGCGUGUUCAUGCCGCUAGAGCUGAUUGACAUCGACGUGUUUGAUGACGUGAUGCAGGUGAACGUGUCCGGAGUGGUCCGCACCACGAAAGCGGCGUUGCCGCUCCUGCGCAAGUCUCGGCCGGACCAGGCUCCGGGCCGCAUCGUGAACAUCGGCUCCUACGCCGGCUCCAUCUCGCUGCCACUGUUCGGAGCCUACAGCGCCAGCAAGUUCGCGCUGGAGGCCCUCAGCGACACCAUGAGGUAUGAGCUGGGGCCCAAGUGGGGCAUCCAGAUCAGCCUGAUCAAGGCCAGUGGUGUCAAGACCCCCAUUUGGGACAAGAGCAUCGGCAGCAGCAACAGCUACCUGGACCAGGUGGAGCCGAGCCGCCUGGCGCCGUACAAGGGCAUGUGUGAGGAGAUCAUGGAGAUUGCCCGCCGCGGCGAGGAGACCGGCAUUACCUCGGAGGAGGUGGCGGCCACAAUUGAGGAGGCGCUGACGGCGCCGCGCCCGCGCAGCCGCUACCUGAUCGGAAACGGCGCAGAGCUGCAAAUGACGGCGCGGCGACUGCUGCCCGACUGGAUCUGGGACAAGCUGCUCCUCAACAACCUGCGGAAGGUUGUGGAGCCGCUGUAGUGAUAAUGAUGAUAAUAACACAGUUGGAGCGUGUUCAGCUGUGAUUUUGCUGGGGGACAGUUGGGAGUAGGUGGCAUCGGCGGGGUCCGGCGUGCGAGGCGUGUCAGGGCGUUCCGUCAGGGCGUGUCGGCGGUUGUCCUGGUUGGUGCGUGCUUGGUAUGUCUGUAUGAUUUGGCGGCCGUGAAUCCGUGAUCACUGAGGUUGUGUAGUAAGGAUAUAUGUUGUGCAGGGGUCGUACUUAGCAGUCUAGCACCGCCAGAGUGAACAUGGAGGGGGAGUUGAACUCACUUUGACUACUCUCUGACUUACCCGUACCUCUGAGAUUCUGACUGACGUCUGAAUCAUGAAGUGAACUGUGCAUGUACUAUUUUACAGCGCACCUUGGGUGGGGCUUGCUUCGUUUAGUUAACUUGUGCAGCAGGGCUGCAGUAUCCUGAGACGCUAUGAAUGGCGCGGCUGUCAACACACACGAACUCAGACCGACUUACC